AUGCCUAGAUUUUACAAGACAUACCCAACACAGACAAUGCAAGGGCUGCUCAGACAUAAGACUACACUCGCUUUGCUACGGGGCACGGUGGAACAUCAGACAUUCAGAACACUAACAACAAUUUCAAGCAUAAAACCAGUGGUUGAUGUGGUUUUUGUUGAAGAACAGCAUGAGGAACAACAGGUUGAGAAGUGUUUUAUUUCCAAACAGUUCACUCGCUGCUACAUGAUACCCAAUCGCAUUGAACCAGAAGCGAUAACAUCAGGGCUGUCAGCUGACAGUUUUCUAAUCAUCGCAGCUCCUAGGAAACAACUGCCUUCAGCAAGCAUGUGUGAAUAG